CAAUGCCUCUUCUUUUUUGGUCACUCAUCAGCAUACGUACAGUUUUUGACUCUUUUGCUCCUGUUUCCAUGUGGAACUGAAACAUACCGCGUAUUUGCUUCAGACGCUGUCUUUGCGGGUGUGGCUGUGCUGUCGUGAGCCAUAAGACACCUCGUCAUUUACCUUAAUCCUUGAUACUAAGCUCUCAUCUGUUGCUUCUCACCUCACACGCCCUCAAUUGUUGAGCCUGCGUCGCUAAUUGCUUUCUCUUUUAUUUCUAUUUUGUAUAUUUCUGUUUAUUCUUCUCAUUUCUCAUGUCACAGCCGUUGGAAUUCCCAUCUUCCUUUGUGACACCAUGGAGAGACUUGCUCCUCUCCCACCAACAUGAGAGCUCCAAAGACUCUCCCAACUAUCACGAUCCUGAGGCCAUUGACUCCCUCUUGACGACCGGCACGCCAAAAUUGCUCUACGUUGGCACGGGGCAUUCAAUAUUUACUCGCGCAAUUCUGCCUGCCAUUGCAUCCGCCAAGCAUUCAAUCCAUUUCGUCACCUGUUACUGGGCCGCCUCUCCAUCUCUCGACGGCAUCCGCCAGACUCUCAUUCAGCUAGCUGAGGCGCGCUCAAGGGCUGGAGAGCCACUGCCUACGCUGCAUGUAAGCAUUGGCUUCUCAUCUUGGGGACUGUUCCAGAAACUGUUUCACACGUCUGCACCAGAAGGAUGCCUCUAUCCGCCGUCGAAAUGGGCCAAGCUGGGCUUGCCGGAUGAGGCGACGCUGAGAAAAGGGGGUAUUGAGAUGACGGUCAAGAGCCUCUUCUUUACACCGCUGAGCGUGAUGCAUCCCAAGUAUGUCAUAGUGGAUGAAGCUAAGGCGUGGGUUCCGAGUUGCAACGUGAGCUGGGAGCGAUGGUUUGAGGGAUGCGUCGAGCUGGAGGGCGACGUUGUGGACAAGCUGCUCACAUUCCACUCCCGAGUCUGGGGAGCCAGAAGGAUGGUGACGAACGGAACCCGAGGCGGGGAUAUCGACGACGGCGUUAAUGAAGACGUCGAGACCUCGAGUUCUUCGCCUCUCAAUGAAGAGGAUGAUGAUCGUUCAGCUACGCAAUGCAUUCACUUCACCGCCGUUGCGCCAACGCCGGCCAUCUUUCUCCCAUCACCGCAUCAUCGAAAUCCCCGAUUCAGAUUCUUUCCCUUUCCCUUCUUUUCUCAGUCCAAUCCGCCCAUGACACCUCUCAACGCCGCGCUACUUACUCUGUUUGCAAAUGCUCGCCACGACAUUCAUCUCGUCACGCCGAAUCUCACAUCGUGGCCCGUGAUAGAUGCUCUGCUAGAAGCACUUUCUCGAGGAGUCAAUGUCCAUGUGCGUACGGGCCGCAAUAUGAUGGUCAUUGAGCAGCUUGUUACUGCUGGGACAACAACAUCGUGGUGUAUCCGGCGGUUUGUCAAAAAGUACAAAGCUCUGUGUAAGCGAUCUCAGCGGAAUGACCUAGAAGCC